AUGCCCAAAGCUAUUGAAACUGGUAAUGAACCCCGACCUCGGCGCUUUUGGACGGAAGCCGAGGACGCCCAGCUUCGGUCCGCGAUCCUCAAAGUCGAGAAAAGUCUCAACCAUCGGCCGCAUCACUGGCAUCUCAUCUCCAAGCAAGUCGAGGGUAGGACAAAUAAAGACUGCAGGAAGAGAUGGUAUGCGCACAUGGAGCGCAGGGUUAACCGUGGGCGAUGGUCAUCCCAAGAAGACCAAAAACUGCUUGAGACAGUCACAAAAUGGGGAACCUCGUGA